AUGGGUGGCGUUACCAUUACCACUACCACUACCAAUACAUUAAUCUUUCUGUUUGUGUUCCUACAACUUUCACUCACAAAAGCUUCUUCAAAUGAUUCAUUCUGGCUUCUCAAAAUUCAAUCACAAUUCAUCGAUCCAAUGGGAGUUUUCAGCAACUGGAAUUCAUCAUCGAAUAUAUGCACAUGGAAUGGAGUGAAAUGUUCACAAGAUCAAACACGUGUUGUGGGUAUAAAUCUUUCAAACUCGGGACUCUCGGGAACAAUCUCUCCCGAUUUUUCCCGACUUUUUUCACUUCAAAAACUCGAUCUUUCCGUGAAUUCACUCACAGGGUUAAUCCCUCGAGAGCUUAGUGAGCUUCAAGAUCUUCAAGAACUACUUCUGUUCUCAAAUUAUCUUUCUGGUUACAUUCCUAAUGAAUUCAAUCUCUUGAAGAAGCUUCAAGUUCUUCGAAUAGGAGAUAAUUUGUUAACAGGAGAAAUUAUAAAAAGUAUUGGGGAGCUAAGUGAGUUAAGAGUAUUAGGUCUUGCUUAUUGUCAAUUUAAUGGAAGCAUUCCUUCACAAAUCGGGAAUUUGAAGCAUUUAAAAUCCCUCCAAUUACAGACGAAUAAUCUUGGUGGAAAGAUUCCGGAAGAGAUCAAUGGGUGUCAAGAACUCGAAGAUUUUGCAGCAUCGAACAACAAGCUUGAAGGUGGAAUUACUUCUUCAAUUGGACAACUUCGGUCCCUCAAAAUCUUGAAUUUAGCAAACAACACCCUCUCGGGCUCCAUUCCGGAUUUAUCUAACCUUUCCACGUUGAAAUACUUGAACUUUCAUGGAAACCGGUUGACCGGUGAAAUCCCACCGGAGAUACUCCGGCUGCCGGAGCUCCAGAAUCUUGAUCUUUCAAGUAACAAUCUUUCAGGAAACAUUACCCGUUUCGAUUUUGAAAAUGGUAACCUCGAAGCUUUAGUUUUGUCGAGCAAUUCGUUCACCGGUGGGUUCCCGGAUAAACUUUGCUCCAGGGAAUCGAAUUUGCGCCAUGUGUUUAUCUCCGGGAACCGUCUCUCCGGCGACUUCCCUUUUCCGUUGCUGAACUGUUCUUCAUUGGAAGUGCUGGACAUUUCUGGUAAUAACUUCGGAAACGAAAUACCAUCUGAGGUGGAGAAUCUAAAGAAUCUCACUGAUCUUUUACUCAACAAUAAUAGUUUUUCCGGUAGUUUACCUCAUGAAAUCGGAAACUUGAGUAAUUUGGUGAAUCUUUAUCUGUUUGGGAACAUGAUUACAGGUGAAAUCCCGAUUGAAAUAGGAAAGUUACAGAAGUUGAGUGUAUUGUAUCUUUACGAUAAUCAGAUGUCCGGAAACAUUCCAAUCGAGUUAACGAAUUGCUCGAUGUUAAGUGAAAUUGAUUUUUUCGGGAAUCAUUUCACGGGUCAGAUUCCGGGUACAAUUGGGAAGCUCAAGAAUCUUGUUUUUCUUCAGUUGAGGCAAAAUGAUUUAUGGGGUCGGGUUCCAUUAAGUUUGGGUUAUUGCAGAAAGCUUCAAACUUUAUCGUUGGGUGAUAACAAGCUUUCAGGAUCACUUUCAAACACAUUUGGGUAUCUUUCAGAGCUUUCGCUUCUUAGUCUUUAUAAUAAUUCUUUCGAAGGUCCUCUUCCUGAAACAAUCUCUCUCUUGAAAAAUCUCACCAUUGUUAAUAUUUCUCACAAUCGAUUCUCGGGUUCGAUUUCGCCUCUUGUGGGGUCCGAUUUGUUGUUGUUGUUCGAUUUGACUAAUAACAGUUUUUCCGGUUUUAUUCCUUCUGAAUUAGCGAGGUCAAAGAAUCUUACCCGAAUACGACUUGCUCAUAAUCUUCUAAAUGGUACAAUUCCUAUGGAGUUUGGUCAACUUAGCGACUUGAACUUUCUUGAUCUUUCAUCUAAUAGUUUCACAGGAGAGAUACCACCGGAGCUUUCAAACUGUAAAAAGAUCAGCCAUUUUCUUGUCAGCAACAACCAACUUACGGGUUUGGUUCCACCAUGGUUAGGAACGUUUGAAGAACUUGGAGAGCUGGAUCUUUCAAGCAACGAUUUCAAUGGAACAUUACCGAAAGAAGUGGGAAUGUGUUCAAGAUUACUCAAGCUUUCGGUCGACCAGAACAGGCUUUCCGGUGGGAUACCAGAAGAGAUUGGGAAUCUAACUGGUUUAAAUGUUCUAAAGCUUCAAAGAAACAAUCUCUCUGGGGAAAUUCCUCGAACACUUGGUGAGUGUAAGAAACUGUUCGAGCUUAGACUAUCGGAGAAUUCGUUCUCAGGUUCUAUACCACCUGAGCUUGGCACUCUGACUGAACUACAAGUGAUUCUGGAUUUGAGCAAUAAUCUUCUCAUGGGUGAAAUCCCAGUUUCUCUUGCGAAUCUUGUGAAGUUAGAAAGGUUGAAUUUGUCAUUCAAUAAACUGCAUGGACAAGUUCCGGAAUCUCUAGGAAGAUUAACCAGCCUCCAUGCCCUUAAUCUCUCGAACAAUCACCUUCAAGGAGAUAUUCCAUCAACUUUUUCAAGAUUCCCAUCAAGUUCUUUCAUGGCCAACGACAACCUGUGCGGCCCACCACUAAUUUCAUGCGCGGAAUCAAAGCGACAGCAGAAAAAGCAGCUCUCGAAUACCGCAGCUGCUGGAAUCGUAGUGGCCAUUGUUUUCACGGCAACCUUGAUAUGCUUGUAUCUGCUUUAUCUGAUGCUUCGCAUAUGGUGCAAAUGGAAGCAAGCUUCCAUUUCAAACGCUGACAACCGCGGCGGGGUGAUUGAUGGGAUGCCGGUAAAGGAGGAGAAAUGGGUGUACGAAGAUCGACCGAUAAGGAGUAAUGAGUGCUGGGACUUGAACAAGAUGACAUUGCUGCCAUGUUCGCAUUCGAAGAAAGAUGUUUCAAUGGCAAGCUGUAUUUUUCAGGAUAGCAUGAGUAGAGAAAACUCCAUGAGAUCAUUGGUUUAG